AUGGGCUUUUCUUACGGUGGCACCGGAAUCAUAAUCGUCGGAGUUAUUCUGAAUGAUUUUAUGAGAGCUGUUUGUUCUUUUCUUGAUCCAACUCGUUUGUUUGGUGUUUAUUCUUGGGGAAGCUUAAACAACAUUCCGAUGGACGAUAUGCUUCCGGCAACGAAGUUCAAGGAUAUGUCACGGGUGAAUCCGCCGGAGAGCUGCCGGAUAUGUCAAGAUGAGUUCGAUGGUGGCGACCAGGUCCGGUGUUUAAGGAACUGCGUUCAUGUUUUUCACAAGACGUGUAUCGACCGUUGGAUCCAUGACGAUAAAAUGACAUGUCCUUUGUGUAGGACCCCAAUCAUUCCUGAUUUCUAUUUUCUUCGCUUGACUUCAGACCUGCAGUCACGCAUUUCUGAUACAUGUAAGGAACAAGGUAAAUAUGGAGACAAAACAGUCCUUCAGACUCGUGUCGAGGGAAAACGUUGGUAUUCUCACUCUGAUCGUAUCAUCCGUCGAGAUGGUAAACCAAAAUCUUGGAGUUCCAAUGGAGGUCGUAAUGCCUCUGAGCCGUAUUACCGAAGUGAAAGAGUGGAGUGGCGUGAGAAGAGUAGGGAUAGGAAUGCUUGGGAGGAGAUAAGCGAUCGCCAUGUUGUUUCAUCUGAACAAACUAGGAAGAAGACUAUAGACAGGAGUGCCUGUGGGGAUCAUGCUCCUGAUGAGACCGGAAGCUAUUGUUCUCCUCGGGACGAGAUAAGUGAUCGUCGUGUUGUCGUUUCACAUGAACAAACUCAGAAGAUGAGUACGGACAGAACUUCUCGAGGUGAUAUCACAUCUUCUAGCUCUCCUAUGUUUUGUUCCUAUGAUCAAACUAAGGCGAUAGCAAUUGGAGAAGCUUCAUUUGAUCCUUGA